AGCACUCAGCGGAGGGAGAGUUGCCGACUAACGAAGAGGGAGGAGCCAAACUGCAUAGAGGGGCCAGUGGAGAGAAAAGGCGGCGUCUGAAGGGAAAAUUCCGACGUGCACAGCUGGUUGCGUUUUCUGGUGGCCCGAAGUAAGAUGUCUGGGGAAUUCGCUAGAAGCUUGGGAAAAGGAACUCCUGCUCCAGGCCCAGUGCCUGAAGGAACCAUCCGGGUCUACAGUAUGCGUCACUGCCCUUUUGCACAGAGAACAGUACUCGUCCUAAAAGCCAAAGGAAUCAACCAUGAAAUUGUUAAUAUCAAUUUGAGGAACAAACCAGAGUGGUUUUUUGAGAAGAACCCACUUGGAAUGGUACCUGUGCUAGAAACAAGCAAGGGUCAGCUGAUCAAUGAAUCUCCAAUCACUUGUGAAUAUUUGGAUGAAGCUUACCCUGAAAAGAAGUUGUACCCUGCAGAUCCUUAUGAAAAAGCUUAUCAGAAAAUGAUUUUGGAAUACUUCUCCAAGUUGCAUCCAAUAUGCUUCAACUAUAUUCGGGCUUUUAGGAAUGGUGAAGAUGCAUCAGAAUUAAAGAAUGAGUUCCAGGAAAAACUUCUGAAGCUUGAAGAGAUGCUUGCAAACCACAAAACUAAGUUCUUUGGUGGAAAUUCAGUAUCCAUGAUUGAUUAUCUAAUCUGGCCUUGGUUUGAACGGAUAGAAGCCUUCCAGUUACUUGAAUGUUUGGACCAUACUCCAGGGUUAAAAUGCUGGAUUGAUUUGAUGAAGCUAGAUCCAGCUGUUCAGGCCACAAUAACUGAUCCUCAAAUCUUCAAGGGCUUCCUUGAACUAUAUUUCAAUAGUAGUCUUGAGGCCUGUGAUUAUGGGCUCUGAAAACUAUGGGAAGCUUUUUCAGUGGAUGACAAGGGAUAUUGACAGCUAUUGCUUCAGCAUGUCAUCUGAUAUCUGAAAUGCUUUGCUCAGCUUUAAUAUGUUUUGUGGUAUGUUAUUCAACCAGUAUAUAAUUGCACUGAAAUGGUAAUUAUCUGCAAUAAAUGUUUCCCUUUCAAAAGGAAAAUGGCCAACAUUGAUCAGGAAGAAAAGCUUUUUUUACCCUUAUCUUCCUACCAAUCUAAAUGACGAUGUUGACUUAUUUGCCUUAUUUAUCUGCUUAGAGGACGUAUCAAUUUGACUUUGUCUCUGAAAAUUGAUUAUUGCCUUUCAUGAAUAAAAACACUUCACAUGCA